UUCAAAUGCUUAAGUGGUGCUCAUCUUUUUUGGCAGCCUAAAACCUGAGUGGAGAUUGAAGAAAACUGAACUGGAUCACACAGUUUUUUUCCCCAGGAUCAUCUGGGCAGUGCACCAGCCUUAGGAUGGAUUCUUCUAAAUCCGGCUAUGGUACAUUCUUUGGCAAAGUCCAUGGAAUUCUAAUGUAUAAAGACUUUAUGAAAUAUUGGGAUGAUGUGGAGACAUUCCAGGCAAGACCAGAUGACAUUGUCAUUGUCACCUAUCCCAGAUCUGGUACAACGUGGGUUAGUGAAAUUAUAUACAUGAUCUGCAAGGAGGGUGAUGUGGAAAAAUGCAAAGAAGAUGUCAUUUUUAAUCGAGUACCCUAUUUGGAAUGCAGAAAAGAAGAGAUAAUGAAUGGGGUAAAACAAUUAAAACAGAUGGCAUCUCCUAGAAUAGUGAAGACUCACUUGCCAGCUGAACUUUUUCCAGCCUCAUUUUGGGAAAAGAACUGUAAGAUGAUCUAUCUUUGCCGGAAUGCCAAAGAUGUGGUUGUUUCUUAUUAUUAUUUCUUUCAAAUGGUAGCUGGUCAUCCAGAUCCUGGAUCUUUUCAAGAGUUCGUGGAAAAAUUCAUGGAUGGAGAAGUGCCAUAUGGUUCCUGGUAUAAACAUGCAAAAUCUUGGUGGGAAAAGAGAGAUAAUCCACAUGCGCUAUUUCUUUUCUAUGAAGACAUGAAGGAGGAUAUCAGAAAAGAGGUGAUAAAAGUGAUACAAUUUCUGGGAAGGCAGCCAUCGGAGGAGCUUGUGGACAAGAUUGUACAACAUACUUCAUUCCAGGAGAUGAAGAACAACGCAUCUACCAAUUAUACAACACUACCAGAUGAAAUCAUGAACCAAAAAGUUUCUCCCUUCAUGAGAAAGGGAAUUGCAGGAGACUGGAAGAAUCACUUUACAGUAGCCCUGAAUGAAAAAUUUGAUAAACAUUAUGAGCAGGAAAUGAAGGGGUCCACACUGAAGUUAAGAACUGAGAUCUAA